AUGAGUGGCCUUGCCAAGAUGCAGUACACCACCAUCCACAUCACCCUCCUCUCCUCCAUCGCCUUCAUCUCGGCGCGCCCGCAAACCAGCCCUCCUCCAGUCGCCUCUUGCCCCAUCACUGCUCAGAUGCCUUGUGUCGCUCAGAACUAUGGUGCUGCUCUUGCUCCCGUGGUUGGACAGGUUGUGAAUGCCAUCUGCGAGCAGUGUGUCACCAAGGCCUAG